UCAUCAGCUCGAGCGAGUCGACACUCGGAUAGGGAAUUUCUCAGGUUUUAACAAUUGUUUUGUACAAAUAAAAUGAAUUCGAUUAAUUAAUGCAUUAAUGCAUCGAAUGCUGAGAUUAUGACGGAAGAUAGAAAUUCAUAAAAGAAAUGUUAAUGUAAAUAAAUUACUUCAUUCGAUUAACCUGUGCUGGACAUACAAAUAAAAAUAUUAUUUCUAAACUCCAUAAAUUAUGCAUAAUAUUUACAAUCGAAAUCCUCCGAUCUUAAGAGUUGCAGCACAAAAUUCCGAUCAUACUGGUCAUUCUGGUCGAUACAAAUGAUUGUGUCCAAUUAUAUUGCGGCCAAGUGAACAUUUUCUGUGGGUGAAACGUGAUAUCUUGUGUGGAAGCCCUGAUGAUUUCAUUCAUUCGCUUUGAUUCGCUUGCAAUUUACGUCGUGCAUAUUAAUUAACAUGAAGGACGAGCGAUCAGCAGUGAUUUAUGUGGCCACUGAUGACAAACAAAUAAAUAUUACGUUUUUCGUCGGUGCGACCAUUGAAGAUUUAUGUAUCCAGAUAUGCAAGCGCUUUAAAAUAGGUCCAGUGGCAAGACAUCUAUUUGCAUUGCGCAGUUAUUCUUCUAAACUAUGGUUUCCAUAUGGGCAUAAACUCGAAGACAGAGAUAAGAACAGAUUCGAUUUUCGCUUACGAUUUAAACCAUGCAGCAUGCAGAAACUGAAACAGAUAGACGAACAUGCUUACAAUUAUUAUUUUCAGCAAGUUCGUAUAGAUAUAAUGAAUAAUAAAGUACCUGAUAUAGUGUACGAGAAGCAUAAAGAUAAAUUGAUUGGCUUAGGAGUUAGUGAUAUGUACAGAGUAAUGCUUGAGAAACAACUACCACGGGAAAUUAUAGAAUCAGAAUAUAAAAAAUAUAUUCCCAAAGAAUGCAUUAAAAGGCAUGCCUUUUUUGUUAAGAAACCUAUAUAUAAUGCACUGGCAGAAAUAUCUGGGGAGCACCUCGAUGCUUCGUAUGUUAAGGAGCAAUAUUUGCAGCAAUUUGAAAGCAUGGCGCCAAACUAUUUGUAUGAAGAAUAUAAAGCAUUAAUGGAUAAAGGUGUUCCUAAUCCACCAGCUAAAGUUUUACUUAGGAUUAACAGAGAGGAAAUAAAAUACUGUGAGACUGACACUGAUGAUUGGAAAACACUUUGUACUAUAGGAGAUCUUUGUUUUAUUUCUAUAAGAGAGGAUAAUACUGUGGAAAUUUCAAGAAAGAAUGGCAUACCAUCAUACUUAAAAUUCAUGGGGCAUACAAAUGGAAUGUUGAUGUCAUUUGUAUCCGCGUUGGACGGAUAUUACCGAUUGUCCAUUAAGUGGACUUUCAAUCUUUGUAGAGAUGUUACCACGCCUACUCUGGAUAGAUUACACGAUUUAAAGUGCCAUGGACCAGUCGGAAAACAAUUCUCAUAUGCGAAACUCAAAGAAAAACGUACUAACAAACCGGGAACUUAUAUACUGCGGGAGAGCGAAACCGAGUUUGAUGUUUACUACAUUGAUGUUUGCAACAGAGAUGAGAAAGUAAUAUCGCAAAGAGUGGAACAGAUUCCUUCGGGAGAAUUUUCGAUAUUUUCACAGAAAUAUCCUUCUUUGAUGGAUUUAAUUUCUUCAUUCCAAGAUCGCGACAAUCCAAUGUAUCUCGAAGAAUGUUUGCGACCUUCAGAAUAUGACAUAUCACCAUUAUUAAUUUGCGCAUCGGAAAACAUUGCGAGCGAGCAAGCUGCGGAUGAGGAGAUUAUCGCUCUAUUGGAAGGUGGACCGCGAUGCGUAUCGCAGAAUCAAUUGUGCAAAAGCGGUAAAGAUUUGAGUCGUAUGUCGGUGAUGAGUGUACAACGAGCGACAUGGCGAAUCGCUGAGGGCAAGAAACUUGAAAUCAUGAUGAAGACACUCAAACCUGAUUAUACCAGUUAUACCAAAGAUUUUCUAGAACUAGCUGAUAAGUGGGGCAAAUUACGAUCGGGAGCUUUGAUCAGACUAUAUGGCAUAACUGUGGCUCCGUCAAUCGGGAUGUUACUCGAAUUGGUGAAGUUAGGUCCACUAGACUUGUAUUUGCGCACCAAUUCUUCAACUAUAAAAAUUGUCGAUAUGGUCGAAGCCACCGCCUGUUUGACAACAGCUCUAUGGCAUUUGGAGGAGAAUCACGUAGUUCAUGGAAAGAUAAGAUGCUCAGGAGUAUUCGUACAUGCGCAUACAAAUAGUAAUUUUAGUGUUAAAUUAGGAGAUCCUGGUCUUUUCACUUACACCGAUAACGACAUACCUUGGAUACCACCAGAAUGUUACGCAGAUUUAAGAAGUGCAAAAUAUAGCUUUCAAGCAGAUAUAUGGGCAUUGGCCACAACCAUUUGGGAGAUAUUCUCCAGAGGGAUUUCCAUACCUAUAUAUCAUACUGAUAUUGUCAAGAAGUUUUAUGGAGGUUUUAAUCAUUUACCGCAACCUAUGGACUGCCCAUAUGAAGUCUAUCAUCUGAUGUGUCAAUGUUGGAAUGAAAAAAGUACCAGAAAACAACCUCAGGCCAUUAUGCGAGAUAUCAAUCAGAUUAUGUAUCAAGUAUAUAAUUCCCGUCGGAAUCAUGCUUACGCUACAGCAUUCCCUAAAUUCUUUAACACUGAUGAAAACGACAGCAACGACGAUUUAGAGGAGAGAACAUCGAAUAGCGAAUCACAAGUGCUAGAUUCCUGCAGUUUGAACACCGAUCACACUAACUUAACUUGGGAUGAUAACGACACCGUCAUAAGCUCUCAGGAGAAUUCCGUUGUUACCAAUGACGAAUGUUUUCGUUAUCUAAAUGCCGUGAUCAGAGCCAUGAACGACGCGCACAUGUCGAGCAUUAAUGGCACUUCUCAUCGCGGAGGUAACAACGAAAUUUAUUUAGGUCAGAUGAAGGAUAUUUUCGAGAAUGAAACGAAUUCGACAUGGACAAUAUACAUGCAGGAACGCAUAGGCCAAGGUUUCUAUGGCGAUGUGUACAGAGGAACCCGCAUUAAAGGCAACGAAAUAGAGCAGAUAGCCAUUAAAAAGCUGAAGAUUGGAACGCAAUCGGUACAGAAUGAUUUCGAAAGAGAAAUUCAGAUCAUGAAGACUCUCAAGCAUCGAAAUAUUGUGAAAAUUUUGGGCAAUAUAUCAGAGCCAAAGUGCCUGAUCAUGGAAUUUGUCGAGCACGGUUCAUUGGCAACCUACUUGCAAAGUAAUCGUAAGACUCUAAGAUCUCCUAAGAAACUGCUACACUUCGCACUGGAUAUCGCCACUGGUAUGGAUUAUCUUGGUUCCAAGAAUGUCGUUCACAGGGAUGUAGCAACGAGAAACGUCCUGGUAGUAAGCGAGACUCAUGUAAAAAUCAGUGAUUUCGGUCUCGCGCAAAUGACAAAAGGCAAGGGCGAUUAUUACAUGCUUCAAACUGUCCGCGAUCUUCCAAUGAAGUGGUAUGCACCGGAGAGUUUAAAAGAGUUUAAAUUCUCAUCGCGCUCGGAUGUAUGGUCGUUCGGCGUGACGAUGUACGAGAUCUUCAGCCUCGGCGAGGAUCCGAAACUGCCGGAGAUUGAACUGAAUUAUAAGAACAUCACGGAGAAAUAUAAUAUCCAGGAAAGAAAUAUGGUAACAUUGGUGGCAGCGUUUGAAAAGGGCAUUCGCCUUCCUUGUCCGGAAUUGUGCCCGCCAGAAGUUUACCAGCGGCUGAUGCAUUCGUGUUGGAAUAUGAAGAGUCAUGAAAGACCGACGUUUGCAACUCUGUGCAAAGAUAUUAAUGAGUUGUUACAAAAAUAUAUUAAUUAAAACGUUUUCAUUCACGCGGCUUCACGUGAAUCGCGCUCGCUAUUGUUUUAAAGAUACGUAGAUACGUCUCCUAAUAUCUAUCCACAAUUCUUAUUUCAAUGAGAUAUUCUUUGAUGAGUCUAAAAUUGAUUUAUCUGUUAUAUUUUUAUUACUUUAUAAUUUAUAGAUGUAUAAAUAAUUCUCCCACUUCUCAUUCGAAGGUUUUUUAAAGGAAAAUACUUUAAAGGAAUCAAAGAAUCUUUGCUAUGAAAAAAUUAAGAAUAUUUUCGAUGCAUUUCUAUAUAGGAAUGCAUCUAGUCGACGGUUUUAUCAUUAUAUUUCUUAUGUAUUUUCUGUGAAAUAUAUAUACA